AUAUGUGAACAAUGAUUGAAGAGUGAAAUAGUGCAAAAGAAUUAUUUCAAUUUGAAAAAUGUUGCGUUUGCUUCAGAGAAACAGGAUUACUAAUGAAGAUAUACCAAGAAGAAGGGAAAAUCCAAUAUUGAAAGCCAAUAUUUUUUCCAAGAUAUCUUACUUUUAUAUGUCCCAAUUGAUGACUCUAGCAUCGCGUCGAGAUAUUUCUGAAGAAGACACCUAUGAGGUUCUACCAGAACACAAAUCUAGUGUACUUGGUAGGCAGUUAGAGAUUCUGUGGAACGAAGAAGUGAAGAAACGAAAAAAGUUUGCAUUGCAUAAAGCAUUAUAUAGGAUGUUUGGGAGAAAUUAUAUGUUGUUAGGCGUUUGUAAACUCAUUGAGGAACUUAUUUUGGUCCUAGUGAUGCCCUUAUCAGUUGGAAAGAUCGUCACCUACUUCGAGCAAUAUCAGACAAGUGUAACAGAAACAGACCUCUACAUCUACUCUUCCAUUGUGAUUGUCACACUUUAUAUAAAUGCCAUUUUCUCACAUUACGCAACCUUUCAUCUUUUACAUAUAACGAUGAAAAUGAGGAUAGCUUGCUCAUCCCUAAUGUAUAGAAAAGCUCUAAAAUUGAGCAAGAGUUCUGUGGAAAGAACAACUGUUGGCAAUAUAAUAACGAUGCUUUCAAGCGAUGUUGGAAAAUUUGAACAAGGCUUCUUUCUGUCCCAUUUUGUAUGGAUAGCUCCGAUACUGACGUCUGUAGCUUUUUAUUUGCUCUACCGAGAAAUUGGACUGAGUGCUGUUUGGGGAAUUUUAUUCCUAGCUAUAUUUAUGCCAGUACAAGUUUUUCUUGGGAAUAUGACAUCAACCAAGCGAAUGAAAAUAGCUCUGAAGACUGAUGAAAGAGUCAGAUUGAUGCACGAAAUUCUAACAGGAAUUCAAGCUAUCAAAAUGUAUUGUUGGGAAAAACCUUUUUCUACAUUCGUACGGAACGCUAGAAGACAGGAGAUGAAUGCAAUCAGGAUUCACAGCUAUCUCAUAGGACUUCUCUACUCCUUAGAAUUCUUCAUAACAAGAGCUUCAACCUUCAUAAGUUUAGUAGCUUAUGUGCUGAUCGGCAACAAGCUAGCUCCUCAGAAGAUUUUUGUUGUCACCGCCAUCUACAACAUCAUAAAACCAGCGGUUACCAUUGUCUUCGCCAUGAGUAUGGCCGCUCUUUUCGCAGUCAACAUUUCUCUGAAGAGAAUCGAGAAGUUCCUGAGAAACGAAGAUUAUGUUGAAAAUCCAAUCGGCUACACUCCGAAUAAUCUCAUAAACAUCGAUCCAAGAGACCUGGAGUCCAAUCUAGUCUCCCUGCCGAUCCAGCCUAGAGUUGUGUUACGAGGUGUCUCAGCUAAAUGGUUAGAUACUUCAGAUGAUAGAAUACUGAAGAACAUAAAUUUCGACACAACGUCAGGAGAAUUGAUUGCUAUCAUUGGUCCUGUUGGAAGUGGCAAAACAAGCCUCUUGAAUGUAUUGCUACGAGAAAUGAUUGUCACUAGCGGCGAUAUUGACAUCCAAGGAAGAAUUUCCUACGCUUCACAAGAACCUUGGUUUUUCUCCGGUAACAUUCAGCAGAACAUUCUUUUUGGAGAAACUUACGAUCAAGCAAGAUACGAGUCUGUGACGCAUGUUUGUGCUUUGAUCACCGACUUCCAACAAUUCCAACACGGGGAUGCUUCUUUGGUUGGAGAACGAGGAAAAGCUCUAAGUGGUGGACAGAAAUCAAGAGUGAAUUUAGCCAGAUGCAUCUACCGAAAAGCUGACAUAUACAUCUUAGAUGAUCCUUUGUCGGCUGUUGACGCUAAAAUUGGUAGACACUUAUACCAGAAAUGCAUUGAAACCUUUCUUCGCGAUAAAAUCUGCAUUCUGGUCACGCAUCAACUGCAAUACCUAAAAACUGCAGAUAAGAUCAUAAUCAUGAAGGAUGGCACCAUAAAAGCGACUGGUACUUUCGAAGAAUUGCAGAAGAGCGGUUUAGAUUUUGCCAAAAUGUUGGAAACCAUCCAGGCUGAGAUUGAGGAGAAAGAGAGCAGGAAUAUCUCGAAGUCAGAAGAAAGGAAGAGUAAUGAUUUACCACAAAUUGAGAAGGAGAAAAUGGUUCAAGGAGUGGUGGACCUAUAUACUUACUGGAGUUAUUUGAGAGCCGGUGGAAAUAUAUUUUUUAUAUCGAUAUUGAUCUUCUUGAUCAUCAUAAGUCAUGUAGCAGCGUUUGGUGGUGAUUAUUUCGUUGCCUAUUGGGUGAAUUUGGAGCAAGUCAAAGUCGUCGAGCCCAGGAUCUCUUACCCAACCACUAUUCAAAGAACAAAAAUUAUAUCCGUAUACGCAAUACUAUUGGGGUGCACUACUAUAUCAGCAAUUUGGUUAUGUCUAUAUUACGCAAGCUUUUUCUCCAACGCAUCAAAAAAUAUGCACGAGAGAAUGUUCAAUAGACUUAUGCAAGCUACAAUGAGUUUCUUCAAUAAGAAUUCCGUAGGAAAAAUUUUGAAUCGCUUCGCAAAAGAUUUAUCAUUGGUUGAUGAACACAUACCCAAUGUUCUUUUAGAGGUUAUUUUGAUUGGUUGCUUCAUCUUCGGGAUAUUUCUACUUUCUGUUAUCGUAGAACCAUUUUUGAUCAUACCACUACUUGUGUUAUUCACAGGUAUCUACUUCUUCAGACGAUUUUUCAUUAGGACAAGUAGAAGUGUCAAGAGAAUGGAAUCAGUCGCUAGAAGUCCAAUUCUUGGUCACAUGACUACCUCUUUGGAGGGUUUGGCCACCAUAAGAUGCUUCAACAUGGAGAAAGAUCUGGUAGACGAGUUCGAUCGUUUGCAGGAUGUACACAGCAGUUCUUGGUUCCUCUUUUUAGCAUCUAGCAGAUGCUUCGGGUUUUGGUUAGACAUAUCUUCCUUCACCUUUGUGGCAAUCUCGAUAUACUUCAUGCUGCUUCUGAGUUCAGAUAUGAACGGUGGGAAUAUAGGACUUGUGAUAACCCAGUACAUAGGCCUCAUCGGAUCUCUCCAAUGGGGCAUGCGUCAAUGGAGCGAACUGGAGAACCAGAUGGUAUCCGUAGAGAGACUUCUGGAGUAUUCCAAGAUCGGCAUAGAACCCAAACGUCCCCAAGAGCCCGACCUACCGAAGAACUGGCCCAGCAAGGGCAAAGUGGAAUUCAAAGACGUAUGUCUGAGAUACGAGAAAAGCGAAGAAGCAAUCCUGAAGAACAUUUCCUUCAUGGUGGAAGCCGGAGAGAAGGUUGGUAUAGUGGGCAGGACCGGAGCUGGCAAGUCUUCAGUGAUAUCCGCCUUUUUUCAACUCUACGAUCUGGAAGGCAUGAUUGUGAUUGAUGAUGUCGAUAUAACCAAAAUUCCUCUGAAGACGUGUAGGAGAAUCAUCUCCAUCAUACCUCAGGAUCCUUUUCUCUUCUCUGGAACUAUGAGAGAAAAUCUGGACCCGUUCUCUAAAUACAGUGAUGAGUACCUCUGGAGAGCUUUAGAACAAGUUGAACUGAAGGAAGUAUUGUCUGAUGAUAGCAAAGGUGAGUCGGAAGAAGAUGAAUGCAGAUUUUGA